AUGGGCUAUGUGUCUCACCAGCUUUAUUCUUCUGCAGUAAGAAGCGGCAUGAGUCCUGCUGAAGGCCACUGUCUCAAUCUUUCAGGCAUCUGCAGAAGAACCACCUGCAAACUAAUCGAAGAUGAAAUUGGUGCCUGCCGGAGAAGAUGGAAAUGCUGUCGACCUUGGUGGGUUCUACUUCCUGUUCCAACACCUGUGGUCUUUUCAGACUAUGUAGAACCACGUAAACCCAGGUUGAAAUGAAAUCAUGAAAAGCAUCAAAAGUAGAGUUCUCUGUCUUUAAGAACAACAAACAUUCAGGUUAAAUAU